AUGCAGAGCACAACCACAACCUCAACCACCAACAGCACAGCCGCCAUCAUGGAGCACUCAAACGCUUCCUCCCACUUCAAGCUCUCAGCAACUUCGUGCGGCACCUGCGCCGUCCACUUUGACAACCCCGAUACCCGUCGCGCCCACUCAAAAAGCCAAUGGCACGUCACGAAUCUCAAACGGCGCAUGGCUGACCUCGAGCCCCUCACCGCGGAGCAGCACGCCGUCGUCGUCUCCACACAAUCGGCCGCCGCUCCGGACAAGGUCGGCCCCACAGCGGAAUCUGAUUCAUCGUCUUCGUCUGCAUCUGAUGGCGAUAUGAGCGAUGUCGAUGACGAUGAUGAUGAUGAGUUCAUCCCGGAGGAAUGCAUUUUCUGCAACACCACAUCGAAGUCGCUUGACGAUAACGUUACGCACAUGCAUAAAGCGCAUGGAAUGUUCAUCCCAGAUAGGGAGAAGCUCAUCGUCGACGUUGAGGCGUUGGUGAAGUAUCUCCACCUCGUCGUUUUCGGAUAUCGCGAGUGUCUGCAGUGCGGUACACAGCGACGGACGGCUACUGCGGUACAGCAGCAUAUGCUAGGAAAAGGCCACUGCCGCUUCGACGUCACGGCGGAGGAUUCAGAGUUUAGGGAUUUUUACGAGCAAUUUUCAGACAACGAUAAGGAGACCUCAGAAGGACGGAAGGACACCCAGAGGGCCAUUACAGAUGCACUGGAAGAACGCGGAUCGAUCCAUCUACCGUCUGGCAAACAGCUCUCCCACCGUUCUGCCCCGGGGUCAUCGAGACCUCGCAACAGGGUCGGCGCCAAAGCCCACACUAUUAGCUCGGAGAACCUCGUCACUGAAGGCUCCUCGGGUAUCGACGAGUCGAAAGCAAGCUUCCAGCUGACAGCACCAUCCGGGCCCGGCAAACAGUUUGAUACGAAAGCUCUGACGCGCGCCGAGAAACGCGACGUUAUCUUUGAAACGCAGCUUUCCCGGUUGAGCAUCAACGAUCGCUCUGCGCUUGCGCAUCUGUCGUCGGCUGAGCAGCGAAGUGUCUUAUUGACGAAGCAGAAGCAGUUGGACAAGGCGGAGAAGGCUGCUAGGAGGCUUCAGACUAGGUUGGAGAUGAAGGCGAACAAGACUGGGCAGGGGAACUUUGUGAAUGAUGUUCCUGGACGGAAGAAUGGUUGA